AAAAGAUUCUCGUCUGCGAAUUAUUUGCUGCGUUCUGCCAACAUGGCGGCCUCCAUCGCAGGUCGAUUUUCUGUCAAAUCAACUUUAGGGAUUUGGAAACACAUGUGUAGACAUUUAACUCAGGUUUCAAUUGCUGGGUUACCAAGUUUUGUUAAAAUAGUUGAGGUUGGGCCGAGAGAUGGUCUUCAAAAUGAAAAGACAAUUGUUCCAACUGAAACCAAGAUUGAGUUUGUCAAUCGUUUGUCAGAAGCUGGACUUCCGGUGAUCGAAGUUACAAGUUUUGUAUCUCCCAAAUGGGUUCCUCAGAUGGCUGAUCACUCUGAAGUGAUGGAGGGAAUACACAGGCAUGAUGGCGUGGUCUACACUGUACUCACGCCAAACCUCAAGGGUUUUGAUGCUGCUAUGUCAGCAAAGGCUAAUGAAGUGGCCAUAUUUGGCGCUGCCUCUGAGUCUUUCAGCAAGAAGAACAUCAAUUGUUCCAUUGCUGAAAGUCUUCAGAGGUUUGAGGAGGUCACAGUGGCGGCCAAGAAACACAACAUUCCUGUCAGAGGGUAUGUUUCCUGUGUUUUGGGGUGUCCGUAUGAGAAAGAUGUUCCCCCAGAGAAAGUGGCUGAUGUUGCCAAGAGUCUGUACGACAUGGGGUGCUAUGAAAUAUCCCUAGGGGACACCAUCGGUGUAGGAACACCUAGAGGCAUGAAGAACUUGAUAGCAACAGUCAGCAAGAAGGUUCCCGUGGACAGACUAGCUGUACAUUGCCAUGAUACUUAUGGCCAGGCUCUGGCUAACAUCUUUGCUGCAUUACAGAUGGGCGUCAGUGUGGUGGACAGUUCAGUGUCGGGGCUGGGAGGCUGUCCCUAUGCCAAGGGUGCUAGUGGAAAUGUAUCCACAGAAGAUGUGGUCUAUAUGAUGAAUGGAAUGGCAAUCAAAACUGGGGUCAACAUUCACAAGUUAAUAGAAGCUGGGAGUUUUAUCUCCAAUGCCCUUGGUCGGAAGUCAGGGUCCAAAGUAUCACAAGCCACAAAGUCAAGUCUAUAACAUAUUAUAUUGUUGAAUAUAUUAUCAAGUGGGUUUUGAAGAGGAUGUUAUAUACACGAGUGGGGAAUAUUUCUUUGGAUGACUGAAUUCCUGAUUACUUCAAAAUCUUCUUGCAUAAAUGUUUUAGUACUUUGAAAGUUUGCCACUUGUAGGUUUGAGUUAGUCAUUGUACUUACACAUGGUGAGAUAGAUGAUUGUGAUAAUAUUGAAAGGUGAAUGUGAUACCAGAACUGACGUUACAUUAAAGGAUGCAGUAUCUAAUAUUUAAACAGACAUUUCAUUGUUCACUCAGAUCCAAACAACAGGAACAUAUUCAGUGUUAGAAACUGGCCCUGGACCCUUUAGUCAGCCCCAAUAUGCUCAAUAAGACUAGUUGAACUUUUCAACAGGUUGAAGUUUUUUUCUAUAAAUCGACAUAAGUGACUGAAAUGGGUUAAUUUCUACUGCUUGUAAAGCUGUUCAGUAAAAUUCAGGGAUGUGCUUUUCUAGAUUUACUAUAUGUUUUUACAUAUAUCUUUCGUCUUUUAGAUGACAAUAUAAAAUGCAAGAAUUGUGUCUACAUACAAGAUAAGGUCACUUAUAUUAACAUGCUAAUGGGAUGGUUGUGUUACACAUGAUCUUAUUAGGACCAGAAUGUUGUUUUUUGGCUUACACUUACAGACUUUUGUGUGAAAAAUUGGUAUUAAAUAUAAAGUGAAAACAGAAAUGAUUAUUUUUUUGUUCUUCAAAAUGUUAUAUGAAUAUGUUGCCAUGUGUGCAGUGUGAAGCUUGUCUCAUCACUAUGGUAACCUAUAAUAGUUCUACCUAUCAAAGAAAUUUCUUUUUGGUUUUUAUUCUUUUGGUCACUUUUCAUUUUGUGCUAGGCUUGGUGAAAUCUGUAAGCCAGCUUACAAAAACCAAGCAAAACAUUUCUUCGAUGCUAUUAUUCAAAAUAUAUUAUUUUAAUAAAGAUAUCUGUAUCAUUGACUACACACUUACAAGUGUUUCGGUUGCACAAUUAACAUCCCGCUGAUGAAAGUGAAGACUGAGAUACCUUAAUAGGUGGGAGUCACCUUUAAAAACAGUUGCAUUUGUUAGUGGAUAAGUUACAUUUUGUAAACACUUUAUUGACCUUAUUUUGUAUAUUAUAUUGUAUGGUGUGGUAAAUAUAGGUACAUGUUUUAUGCAUUUCCAAGUAUUUAUUGAUACUGUUGUUUUUGUUGCUGAAAUCUAAUAAAUAGCGAUGAUGAAUGAUAAA